CCUCAACCAUCCUCUGUAUCUCCUCUCUCAAUCCACCUUCUCUCCAUUUAUUUCUCUUUACUCUCCAAAAGCAGUACCCUAGAUAUGUCUCCGCUCAUCGGUGGAUGUGCUAUCUCCCCUCUCCCAGUUUACCCUUUCUCUCUUUGUCUAUCUUCCCCCUCCCUAUAAAACCGUAGAUCUGUGUCCGACGGUGCUCGCCGGCGGCUGCUUAAGGCACGGCUCGCCGGAGCCAAGAUUGUUGUGCUCGCCGGCGGCUUUGGUGUCUUCACACGACGGUGAUAGAGACGUAAUCCAGGGCUCAAUGAAAACCUCAAUUCUCCUAUCUCUUCAAUUCUUUCUUCAUUCCAAAAUGGUUUCCUUGUGCGUCAUACCAACAAUUGCGGCCGUCCUCUCUUCUGCUAGCGCCUCUCCUUCCAAGCUUGAUGAAGGGGCAUUAUUGGAAGUCAAAGCCAUAUUUAACUCUCCCUUAAAAAUGGACUUCGGUCAAUCCGGGAAGAUCGUUCUAGGACGGAGGGAGUAUAUAAUUUGUAUAAAUAAGAUGUAAGGUGUAAGGUAUAUUAUUGGUAUAAAUACAUUUUUCUUAA